AUGGUGAACGGAAAGAGUUCCGGAAAGAGUUCCGUCAGGGCCCCAAAGUUCCUGGACAAGAGUUCUGGGUUCUACGGUCGCCUGGACGAGCCCGAGAUGGGAGGAGAGGGGGAGGAGAGGCGGAGAGAAGGGGACUGCGGGGGAUCGUGCCCAGCCACAGAGCUCUCUACGGGGGGAGAGACGGACCAGGGAGAGCAUGGGGUGUUUGACUUUAACCAGGGAAUGAUGGAAGACGAUGACACCACUCUCCUCCGAAGGAAACCCAGCCGGCUUAGCUCCCGCUGGAGAAGAAGCUCCAGAAAGGCCCAACCCCAGGCGAUCUCCCCCAGGGAGGAGGACCCGAUCCUGGGUACGGAAAUGGAGGCCCCUGUCCUGGAGGUCACCGCGGUGGAAGUGAGGAGGAGCCGCUGGAGGAGGAGCACCAGGAAGAAACAGGAGGCUGAGCCCCAGACGGUCUCCCCCACGGAAGAAGGCCCGAUCCUGGGUACGGAGAUGGAGACGCAGACCCCUGUCCUGGAGGUCCUGGAGGUGGAGGUGAGGGUAGAGACUGAAGAAGGACAGAGGGAGAAAGAGAGGAGAAUGGAAGAGGAGAGGAUGCUGGUCCACUUUGCGAUCCGAGAAGAGGCGGAUGACCAGGUUCUGAUAAAGGACAAGAAGAGAGGGAGGGAAGAAGAGGAGGAGGAGGAGAGGAAGAUGAAGGGACAGGAGGAGAUGAAGGUGAUGAGGAAGAGGAGCAUGCUGAAGAACUACCGCAAGGUGAGAGAGAGCGAGAAAGAGAGAGAGAACGAGAGAGGAUGGUAGUGUGUGUGGUGCCUUCCAGGUACCCUUGGAAAACCUCCACUUGUUAUUGUUGUAGCAGCAGCAGCAGUAUCCAGGUUUACCCUUCCUGCCUAGUUCCAAUUUAAUUAACAGAGAGAGGACAUGGAUUACUUAACACAUAUCCCCCCCAACGCCGCCCCCGCCGUGGAAUUCUCCCAGAGAGAGGAACAAUUAAUUAAAGUUCCAUGUUCCACAGGUACAUUCUAAGAACAGCAGCCAGUAAUUAAUCAGUUAUGGAAACAUUUAUAUGACCCUUUAUGGCCAUAUUAUUAACGAUCUGGUCAGAUUCCAAUGAAUGAUCUGUGUACGUCACUCAGCCCAUGAGCUCAGAUGCUAAGUUAACUCUGUAGGCCAUUUUAAAAUCUAUUUCUUAUUUUAUUCAUUUGACAGACAGUUAGGCCUAAUGUGCCAAAAACAAAGACAGAUAUUAUCGCUAUAGGAACAUUACUAUAGUAAUAUUAUCGCUAUGGUAAUGUUAUCGCUAUAGUAAUAUUAUCGCUAUAGUAACAUUACUAUAGUAAUAUUAUCGCUAUGGUAAUGUUAUCGCUAUAGUAAUAUUAUCGCUAUAGUAAUAGUCCCAGGACAACUCCUUAGCUAGUAUCAGGUGACACACCUGUUAUCUCCCCACCUGCGACCCUCCCUCUCCUCUCCUCUCCUCCCUUCCCCUCCCUAACCCUAACAUGUUGUCUGUUUGCUUUAUGAAUCCAUCCCCCUCUCCUCCCCCUCCUCCCCCCUUCCUCCAUAUCUCCUCACUAAUGUUUUAGGAACAACCCUGGCGUCUCUCUCUUUCUUCCCCUGACUGUUGUUUUGUUAUCUUGCUCUCUGUUUGCUGUAGAGGGGGGCAGUGAUGGACUGACAAGAUACGCUUUCGUUCCUCUGUGCUCUUGGUCACCGACCUUGACUCAAGGGGACAUCAGCGGGGAGAACACACACACACACACACACACACACACACACACACACACACACAGGUGACAUUCCUCUGCCUUACUAUCUGACCCCAGAUCGUUGUUUGAGGGCAGUGUGUGUAUAGCCCCACCUCCUCUAAACCCACCUCUUAACAUUCCACUAGCGAUCAACCACCAGGCCAACAUUCCUUUCUGAUUACACAGAGGUCAGGGGUCAUGUCAUAAGAGAGACACCAGGAAGAACACAACAUAAUUUAUAACUGCAUCAAAUUAAUAAUGAUACACAUCCACUCUGAACACAUAAACUGGGACGGGGCGGCAGGUAGCUUAGUGGGUAAGAGCGUUGUGCCAGUAACCGAAAGGUCGCUGGUUCUAAUCCCCAAGCUGACUAGGUGAAAAAUCUGUCGAUGUGCCCUUAAGCAAGGCACUUAACCCUAAUUGCUCCUGUAAGUCGCUCUGGAUAAGAGCGUCUGCUAAAUGACUAAAAUGUAAAUGUAAAUGUACCAAGUUAUCUUGUUCUGGUCUUGACUGGAUCAUGUUCCAAUUCAAACGUUUUCUUUUGUGACCACAUUUGUUAACAAUGUUUUUAUCAAUAUCAAUCAAACAAUGUUUUCUGGUCACCUGUAUUGAUGACUGAUUAUUAAUUCUAUCCCCUUCAGACUUUCGACCGAGUGUUCCGUCGAGGGUGGGAGACCUUCAUCACUAACCUGUACAGCGUGACGCUCACACCUGACUCAUCAUCAUCAUCAUCAUCACCAUCAAAGGAAAUGCACCAUGCCUCAGCAUUAGCAGAACACAGAUAG